CUCAGUGAGUCAGCAACGAAAAUGGAUCCCGACACCCAGAAAAUGCAUUUUUACUGAAACGAAGGCCUUCGGAUCCGAUCCGAUCCAAUCGAAACGCGAGCGCCGAUUAGGGUUUUUUGAAUUUCCACAUUCACUUUUCCCCUGCAUUGCAGAAGAUGAAGAAGACGAAUCGUCGCUCAAAGCAAGCGAGCCCAGGAGGUGCCUCGCCAUCAGCUCCUGACAAUAACCAAAAGCAGCAUUACGAGGAGAGAGUUCAUCAGCUCCAACAAGAAAACAACGCGUUUCAGAAGGAGAACGAGGAACUAAGGAAAAAACUUGAAAAUGUUUCAUCUACUCCUAAUGUUGGUGUUUUAAAGCUCAAAGAGGACUAUCUGCAAAAGCUGAAUGUCCUUGAAGAACAGGUUACAGAGUUGAAGAAGAAACAGAAUGUUCAAUCUCAACUCUCAACUCAAAGACCGAAAGGUGAUGAAGCAACAAAAAGGUUACAGUUUGAGAUUCAAAGUUUAAAGGCUCAGAAGGUUCAAAUGCAAUGUAAGAUCAAACUACAGUCCGUGCAGUUUAGGUUAUGCAAGACUUCACUGGAAAAAGAAGUUCUUCAGCUAAGGAAGGAAGGAAGGAGGAAUGAGAAUGAGAUGCAAAAGCUUUUUGCUUCGAACCAAAGACUAAAGAUGGUUUUACAACGAAAAACAGAAGAAGCUUCCAUGGCUACAAAACGGCUAAAAGAGCUUUUAGAAUCUCGAAAAGCUUUAUCGCAUAAAUCAGCUGGCGCAAGAGGUGGGAACAUUCCUAGAAUUCAGAGUAUUGAACAUGAACUUGACGUCACAACACGGUUACAUGAAUUAUGUUCUGAAUAUGAACGUCAAAUGGAAGAGAUGGCUGAGGAGGUUGCCAAGCUCAAGGAAGAAGCAGAAAUGCUGAAGCAAGAAAAUUAUAGGUGCCCGUUGCAGGAGAAAGAAGUUGACUGCUUAGAGAAGGAUCUAGAUAUAAAAGACCUGAAGGAACAAGUAGUCAGCCUAAGUGGUUUGCUUGCACAACUAAAAAUCCAAAAGGCUGAACUUAAUCAUAGGGACAAAUUACAGGAUGAUUUGAGUCAACCCUCUUUCUCUCUUGGGAGUAGUGACGAGUUAUUUGAGGGCCCAGAGACAUCUGAAUCAGAAAAUUUUGGGGAAGCUAAAAUUGCAAGGGAGAAAAGUGCAGUUGGGAAGUGCUGCUCCUGCAGUAAGAAGUCUUUGUGCAAGACAUCAAAAUGUAGAUGCAGAUCUACUGGUGAUAGCUGUGGAAAAUCAUGCGGCUGCGCACUUACUAAGUGCACCAAUAGAGAAGCAGUUCCAGUCAAGUUGAGCAACUCCCCACAAUCAGAAACGGCUGAAAGCAUUCUGAAUUGUCUGGACAUUGUUGAGACAGAGAGGACUGGCAUAGUUGCUUCUCAAGGUGCAAUGCUACUUCAGGGUGCACUAGCUCAGAAGCCUGCUGAGAUGAACAACAAUCGUAGGACAAGAAAGGAGCCUUUAUGUGACAUUGGGAAUACAUUGAUUGAAUCAGAUGCUUUAAAACCUCGCCAGACAAAGAAAGGGCGAAAGCCAGUAAUUCAGCUUGUUGCCGUAGACCCACCUUCUUCACUGCCAGAAAAUAUAGAAGGCCCAAAAGAAGCAGAUAUUCUUGUGAAAUUACCAGGGCCUGUGCCACCAGCAGUCCCUCAUCUUGAUGACUUGGUAGUUAGUAAGGCAACCGGUGUUCCUGCUGCAAGAUAUCCGGUCCGGCAGGCCAGAGCAUUGAAUCAAAAAGAGAACCACAGCCUUUGAAUCGACAGUUGUUCCUUAAUCCCCUCUUAGUAGGAAAUACACACCAAUGCAUAAAGUCUUGGAAGCUUGGAAUCUUAUAGAGUAUGGAUCUAACGGGAAGGAGUGGGAUUUGUGGAUCGUGAGGAUUGAUGAAUCUUUUUGGUAAUUGGUUUUUCAGCUUGAUCUAUAGUGAAUUGCCUGAUGCUAUUGAAAUAUUCAUAUUCAA